UGCAGUGACAUCAGGUUUUAGGACCCCCACCCACUGGAGCUCAUUGGUUCUUGACGGGCUGUCGGAAAAGCGUUGACAUUGUUCCGGUGACUUGCCCCCGGGUGGUGGGGAGGAGGGACCGCCUAUAAAACACCCGUCGUCACUCUCGGGCGUGCCAAACACAAACAGUGCACGAGUGAACUGGAAUAGCCUAACGAGUCAAUUCUGCAAAGCCACACACCAGCACGCGCUUGCACCUGCUACCGGAAUAUCGACAUCCUCGAGAAUCUGAGAGCGCACUGAACGUCAUGGACUCUGACACGAGCCGAGUGUCCAGCAGACCUUCUUCUCCUGAAGGCGAUGAUCUUUUUCUAUCCGCCGUCAAGAAGUCAGUGGGUUUCUCCGGCGCCGUCUCCUCUACGCAGAGCGAUUCUCCUCCGGAGUUAAGAGGCGCAGAUCUGCGGGGCAUCUCCAGCGCUGAUGAGGACGCAAUGGCUCUAAAGAUGCUCUCCAAAAAGGACCGUAAACUUCUCUCCGAGAAUGAGCUGCAGAGCAUGCGCCUAAAGAUCAACAGCCGCGAGAGAAAGCGCAUGCACGACCUCAACAUCGCCAUGGACGGGCUCCGGGAGGUCAUGCCCUACGCUCACGGGCCGUCCGUGCGCAAGCUCUCCAAAAUAGCCACUCUGCUGCUCGCGCGCAACUACAUACUUAUGCUGAGCAACUCGCUGGAGGAGAUGAAGCGGCUCGUGAGCGAGAUCUACGGCGGAGGGAGCGGGGCCCAUCACGCCGGUUUCCAUCCGUCCAGUUGUGGCACUCUUACGCACGCGGCGGCUGCUCCGUUACCGGGUCACCCCGCUGUCUCGCAUUCCUCUCACCCGGUGCACCAUCCUCUGCUUCCACCAGCAGUCUCCUCCGCGGCAUCUCUCUCCGGGACGGGGCUUUCAGCCGUCAGGCCGCAUCACGGACUCCUCAAAGCCCCGUCAGCCGGCGCUGGGCCUCUUGGCGCGGGUUUCCAGCACUGGGGUGCGGGCAUCCCGUGUCCGUGCAGCAUGUGCCAGGUGCCUCCGCCUCAUGUGCCCGGUAUGAGCGCCGUCAGCAUGCCACGGCUGACCAGUGACUCAAAAUGAAGUGAACUUUUGUAAAAGAACUUUGAGAAGCCACCACAGACUUUUAUAAAUAUA